CUUUAACGUUAAGUUUUAGCUAUCGCAACUGAUUGCCAAGUUGUAAACAAGUUUAUUAAGUCUUUAAAAAAUUAAUGGUUAAUGCAAUAACAUUAUAUUUUUUGCCUUAUAUUAGUUGACUUUGAAUUCGUGUUGUGAGCGGUCGCAAGAUAUAUGAUAUAUAAUAUGUUAAAUCUAAGACCAAUAGCAAAGAGUUUGCAGGAAAAAUGUGAAAAGGAAUUAAAUGAACAACCAGAAAGGUUAGUUUCUGAUAUAAAAGCCAUUAGGGACUGGCUUCAGAAACAACCUCACUUACAAAGUGUAAAACCAUCUGACCAAUGGCUAUUAUCUUUUCUACGUGGUAACAAAUUUAGCCUUGAAAGAACAAAGGAAAAGUUGGAUAUGAGUUAUACUUUAAGGACUUUGGUGCCUGAGAUAUUUAAGAACAGAGAUCCUUUAGAUCCGAAACUAAAUGAAGUACUGAGAAAGGGCUUGUUUUUGCCGUUGAAGAAAUGUGCAAAAGAGGAUGGUUGUCGACCUAUGUUUGUGCGGCUCAACCUUCGCGACGGACCCUUGAUACCAGUCGAACAGCUGAUGAAAGUUGCAUUUAUGAUUGUCGAAAUUAUGAUUCGAGAUGACGACAAUUUCCUUAUAUGUGGAGAGGAAGUGAUAGUGGACUUAAAGAAUAUAGGAAUGGCGGCCCUGAGUCAAUGGACGCCGGCUUUAGCGAAAAAAGUCGUAAUGUCUUUUGAAAAGGCUUUGCCAGUUCGAAUGAAGAGUAUUCACAUAUUAAACCCACCACCAGGAUUGGAAACCGUAUUAAAUUUAGUAAAGGCAUUUAUGAGUCAGAAAUUAAAGGAUAGAAUUUUUGUAUAUGGCCAGAAUUUGAAUAGUUUUCACGAAAGAUUUCCACAAGAGUUAUUACCAGAAGAAUACGGUGGGAACAAUGGAACUGUACAAGAUCUUUCUGAUUACUGGACACACAUACUUGAGAGUAAUCGUGAUUGGUUCCUGGCCGAAGAGGAAGCGUGUUCAGACGAGUCCCGAAGACCUGAAAAUCCUAAGACAACCUCUUCUCUAUUCGGAGUAGAUGGGUCCUUCAGAAAACUGGAUUUUGAUUAAGAAAUAGAUACAGCCGUACUGGCUACUCAUAGUCGUUAGAGAGGUUAUAGAGGUUAUAAUAUUAUGUCUAUAUAUAUAUUAGGAUAAGCUUAAUUGUUCAGUAAACAUUUAAAUAUAUUUUAUAUUAUUAUGGUGUUUACCAUUGGAAGCGAAUAAACAUCUUGUACAUUAUUUUUUCUAA